AUGGAGGAUUUUGUUGUUUCAGAUAUGAAUGGAAACUUCAUGUUCAAAGUUAAAGGCAAUUCUUUUGGAUGGCAUGAUAAGAGAUUAAUUCUUGAUGCUACUGAUAAUCCCUGGAUCACUCUCAAACAAAAGAUGCAUAAGAUAAUUAUUGCUAAAAGUUUAUUGUUUGGAAAAGACAAUUUUAUGGUGACAAUGUAUCCAAAUAUUGAUCAAGCCUUCAUCGACUCAUUAAUAGUAGUCAACGAUGUUGCUGUUGUAGGUGUCGCUCUCGGAAGUUAA